AUGUCGGGACCUCUUGAUUUCGCAAGGCCUUGUUUUGAAGGGUGCUCGAGCAAUGAUGAGAGAAGAGAACGGAGGUCAGAUUUCGAAGUCUCUGAGGAUGAGAAGAAGACCAGAAUCGCAAACUUUAAGAAGAAAGCAGCCAAAGCUUCAAGCAAACUGAGACACUCCCUGAAGAAGAAAGGGAGCAGCAGGAGAAGAAGCACUGAUCGGAAUUUCUCUCUUACCAUCGAAGACAUUCACGACGUCGAGGAGCUUCGAGCUGUCGAUGAGUUCCGAAAUCUGCUCAUCUCCGAGAAUCUGCUCCCUCCAAAGCUUGACGAUUAUCACAUUAUGUUGAGAUUCCUGAAAGCUAGGAAAUUUGAUGUUGGGAAAACCAAAUUGAUGUGGAGUAACAUGAUUCAGUGGAGAAAAGAUUUUGGCACAGACACAAUAUUCGAGGACUUUGAGUUUGAAGAAGUGGAUGAAGUUCACAGAUACUACCCUCAGGGUUAUCAUGGUGUUGACAAAGAAGGAAGACCUGUUUACAUUGAGAGACUAGGAAAAGUUGAUCCGGCCAAACUUAUGCAAGUCACUACCUUGGAAAGAUACAUAAGGUAUCAUGUUCGAGAGUUUGAGAAAACUAUUACUAUCAAGUUUCCGGCUUGCUGCAUCGCUGCUAAGAGACACAUUGACUCUAGCACGACGAUCCUAGACGUCCAAGGCGUGGGGUUGAAGAAUUUUUCUAAGGCUGCAAGGGAUCUCAUAAUCCAGCUGCAAAAGAUUGAUAACGAUAACUAUCCUGAGACGCUUCAUCGUAUGUUCAUCAUCAAUUCUGGUCCUGGUUUUAAGUUACUUUGGGGCACGGUGAAAUCAUUUCUUGAUCCAAAAACAGUCACCAAGAUUCAUGUUGUUGGUUACAAGUACCAGAACAAAUUACUUGAGAUAAUUGAUGCAAGUCAGCUGCCUGAUUUUCUUGGUGGCACUUGCACUUGUGCGGAUGAAGGUGGUUGUAUGAGAUCUGAUAAAGGUCCCUGGAAAAACCCAGAGAUAUUAAAUAUGGUUCAAAGUGGUGGAACGCUCUGCAGGCAUGCAUCGAUUCUAAACAGUGAUUCCCGUAUGGAGUCAUCUGAUAAGCCAUCUUUUUCUGGGGUUAAAGUUAGUGACACCUCAACAGCUGAAUCAGGCUCUGAAUUGGAAGAGAUGGCCUCUCCAAAAGCAAACAAGGAGAGUCAUGUUCCCAAGUUGACUCCCGUUUGUGAGGAUUUGCAGAUAAUUAGGACCAAUGUCGUCAAAUCUUUAUAUCCUACUGAUUCAUCCGAGUAUGACUCACCAAUGGUGGACAAAGUCGUGGAUGUUGCUUGGAUGACCCAUGAAAAGCCAAAGACGUCAGAAGGCUCCAUGUAUACAGCCGGUUUAGGAAAAAUAGGAGCGGUUAGUCAUAUCUGGAGGUGGCUAACCGCGUUGUGUGUGAACUUGCUUACGUUUCUCAUAUCUGUGGCGGGUCUGCCACAGACUAAAGGGCAUUCCCAGUCUGAUUCGUCAGUUGAUCAACCAAUCGAUAGAGAGUCCCGUCCUCCUUCACCGGCUUUUUCGAAUGUGAGAGAGAGAAAUCUCGUCGCUUGUGUUGUAAACAGACUAGGAGAUCUUGAGAAACAGGUAGAAACGCUGCACUCGAAGCGGCAUGAGAUGCCUCGUGAGAAGGAAGAGUUGCUUAAUACAGCUGUUUAUCGAGUCGAUGCGCUUGAAGCAGAGCUCAUCGCUACGAAAAAGGCUUUGCAUGAGGCUUUAAUGAGACAGGAUGAUCUUUUGGCUUACAUAGACCGGGAAGAAGAUGAGAAGUACCAUCGGGUAAAUAACAUUUCUACAAGCAGAAAAAGAAGUUGUGCUGGUGAAGAGAGAAAGCUGGAGUUAAUAGUUAUGAGAAAUGGUGAUUGUGGUGGCACUCUGCUUUGUGAGUAG